UGGUGGCCGCCCUGGGAAUGGGAAGCGUCAUUAGUCCCCUUGAAUUGCCAACAAGGGGGAUCUUCUGGUGUUGGAAUUGCACAGUUAUGGUAUCAAUAUCAAGGAGAGUGUCCAGUUCCCAAUACACCUCGUGUACGACAUCUGGUGCCAACGACCAUAAUUCCAGCAUUACCACCUCUUAUAUUAGAUCUCAAAGAACAUGCGGCUCGCUGCGUUUCACUGGUUGGUGGUAAAGCAGCAUCGUUGGCUCUUUUAGGAAGCGUACAAACUAACGAUUAUAAUGUGCCUGAAGGAAUUUGUUUAACAGUUAAUGCCUUAAAUAUUCAAUUAGAACAUUACGAUCACUUAAGUAAAGCUGUAGAACGAAUACAAAAUGUCAGUUGUGGAAUAGUUGCUGGUGAUCUGGAAGAUGUUUGCAAAAAGGCUGUAAUUGCGCUACAAACCGCCCAGAUUGUAGAUUCUAUACAAGAACAGUUACACAAAUCUCUUGUGGAAUUGCGGAAACGUUCGCCAACAAACGCUCGUUUUGCUGUUCGUUCUUCAGCCAUUUGUGAAGAUUCUGAUGAAUUAUCUGCUGCAGGACAAUGCGAAUCUACUUUAGGAUGCUUGACGGAUUUAGAUAUUGCAGAUGCAGUCAAGCAAUGUUGGGCAUCCUUAUUUGCCUAUAGAAGCGUGCAUUACCGAAGACAUUAUGGUCAGGUGAUAAACUGUGGAAUGGGCGUCGUAAUUCAAGUUAUGGUUCCUGCUGAAAAAGCUGGUAUUAUGUUUACCAGACAUCCAGUUAGUGGUGAUCCAAGUCAAAUAUACAUUACUGCCAAUUAUGGCCUUGGCGUGAGUGUGUCGUCUGGAGAUGUAGAACCUGAUACCAUAAUCAUUCGUCGCGAUUGGCAUGAUCGCGUCGAAUUUGGUUCCGCAAUGCGCGGUGAUAAGUCACACGUAGUUAUCAUGAAGGAAAAUCAAUCAGAAAAUAACGAAGAAUGUAAUAAAUCAAACGGCAUAGAAACACGACCACUAACCGAAGAAGAAUCUCGGAGACAAGCGUGUUUAAGUCAAGAUGAGGCCUUGCAAUUAGCAGAAUUGGGUGUUGUACUUGAAUCACUUUAUGGAGCUCCACGAGAUGUCGAGUGGGCUAUAUGUGAUAAGGGUGUAAUACAUUUGCUGCAAGCUCGUCCCAUUACGGCUACAGCACGAUUUUCUGACCGCGAGCUUUUGCAUGAACUAGAUACUCCUACAAUGACAUCUGAAGAAGUGACAUCAUUUGGCGGUGCCGCCGAGACUUUCCCGGGGGUUGCAACGCCAUUAACUCUAAGUGCUAUUUUGCCGCGCCUCGAUAGACCAUUAGUCGUACUACGGCUAGGAAAACCUGCCGCUCGAGCCUUACAUGCGAUGGUAGUUUCGCAUCAUCGAGUAUCUUCUAGUCCAGUUACGCAUCUUAUGACAAAUUCACAAGAUCCUGGCGGUAUAAGUGAUCUUAAAAGAGAUCCGAUGCAUCUUGCGGUUUGCGGAGCACGUAGCACUAACCGAAACCACAGAAAUAGUAAACAAUCUAUUCAAAAUGAUAAUAUAGAUCGCUUGCGCCUACUUCUCGACGUUGUUAAGUCAACGUGGAAUGUGAAGAAGCACGUGCAAGAUCUACAAGCUUUUCUAGAUGAAUUCGAAUUAGAUCAAGAUCGUUGCGAAACAGCCCUGGAAUUGUAUCAGAGAAUUACUGACGAUUUACCCCAUUUGGGUUAUGUCGCAAUGCUACACUAUAGAUGUUCCGCUGUUAGUGUUAUUAGUCACGUUAUUGCUAUGCUGAUAUUGACAGAAAAAAAUAAAGAAUUGCGUUCAGAGCACCUGCACGAUGCAUCGGUUUUGUUGAGUGCAUGUUCAAAUCCUGGAGGCAAAGACGAGCCAAUAUCGGCUGGUGCCGCGGUAGCGAGCGCGCUACGCGAUAUGGCUGCCGACGUACGAGCAGACGGAUUGGAACGAGAACUACGAGCUGUGCCCGCAAAGGAAGCCCGACGCUGGCUGAAAGAAAAAUGUCCACGGGCUGCCAGGCGGUUGGACACAUUUUUAUGCAAACAUGGACACAGAGCUCUUCGGGAGUUGGAUUUAUACACAGAAACUUGGGGUCUAAGACCCGAAACUUUGUUUGUAGCCCUUCAAGCUGCAUUGUCCGUUCCAGUUAUCAAACCCAUUUACGAAGGAUUUAAACAUCCUUUACAAGUAUCGGAUGUGAUUGCUAAUCUCAAAUCUCCUACACGAAAAGUGACAAGAAUCCUUCUUGAGAAAAUAAUACCAUUUUGUCAAAAAUCAGUUUCAAGACGAGAAUCUACAAAAGCGGCCAUAGUAUCUGUGAUACAUAGCUUUCGUUUAGCCUACAGACGCCUUGCCGAUAUGAUGCAAAGGGACGGCUUGUUACCGGAAACCGAUCUAAUAUUUUUUAUGUCUCAUCCAGAAAUCGGGAAGUUCCUGGAGACUCGGAAUCCUACAAUAUUAUCGAAAGCUUGGAGGAGAAAAAGACUAUUCCCUCAAUGGGAGGCAAUGAGAUUUGGCUGUUCUCAAAAAUGUAAAACUAUUCCAAAUGGCGCUGCGAUAUUAGAAGACAUAGUUAGGGUUGAAGGAGCUCCAGUUUCUGAAGGCGGAGCUAAGGGUCGCGCUUGUGUACUUCAUAAUUAUGAGGAGGUUCACAAUAUUAGACAAGGUGACAUCUUGAUAACUAUCAGCAUAGAUGUUGGUUGGUCACCUUAUUUUCCGAUGCUUGCCGGAGUUGUAACUGAACUAGGAGGGCUGAUAUCUCAUGGUGCGCUGGUUGCUCGCGAAUUCGGUUUACCUUGCAUAGUGGGCGCCCAUGGUGCGACCGAAAUAAUUUCAACCGGCGACUACGUGCAGAUUGACGCCGCGGCUGGUCUAUUAGUAAAAAUAUCGUAACGGACUUUUUGACAAGUGUGAAUGUUUGUGCCAUUGUGAAAUAUUAAUUUAUUUAAUUUAAUUAUGCUAUAUAAAUGAUCGCGUGUUAUCACUAAUUGCUAAUAACCAUAGUUUGACAUGACAGAUCUACUAAAGUCAU